CCAGAAAAGGAAACGAAAAGCCGCACACUCCGCUGAAGUACAGCUUUGUUCCCUCCCCAUCCAUGGCCAGCAGCAGCUGAUCACAAGGCUGCUGCUGCCAUUGGCUUCCUCCUCCCGUCCUGUGAAGUACCCGUCCGCACACGAGGCCUGGCCCACCGGUAAGUCGGACUGCGCGCCAUCUCUCUCCUCUCCGCCUCUCCGCUCAGGUCGUUCCAGCCCCCCAAGCCUCGCUUCGAUCCCUGUGCCGAGGAGAGAAAAGCUGCUGCAUCAGCUGCUCGGUUGGCUUUCCUUCUCCGCGACGCGUCCCUCUUGUCCCGUCAGCGUCACGCCGCCGGAGGCAAACCUACCGCCACUGACGCCACGGCCCAAGGUCCCCAAGAGCCCCACCUGUCAUCGCCCACACCUCCCUUCACCUCCUUCCUCGCGGCGCGUGCCGAGGUGGAGGAGGGGGUUAGCUCUAGCUGCCGUUGCGUGCCAGCUACUACAACAUCCUCUGCUGUGCUCCACGCGACCCUCGCUUUCCACGCCUGGAAUCGAAUCGAAGCACGGGUCGGCCAAAGCGACUACACACGGCCUCGUCGGCAACCCGAGCUCGCGCGGUAGGGAGGGAGGAUGAGCGGUACGAGCCUGGCCAUUGUGGAGAAGAAGCCGCCGUUCGGCGGUGCCGGCGGCGGGGGUUGCGCUGGUGGAGUGCUGUUCCACCUCCUGGACUGGCACCGCCGCCUCGCCCGCAAGCGCCGCCUCUUCUCCCCGCGCCGCCUCCUCCCCUCCUCCAUCCGCUCCUCCGCCUCCUCUCCACGCAGGCUCCCGGCCCCGCCGCCUUCCAGUUCCACCACCCCGCCGCCUCGCCCCGCGCUGAGAACGGGCAGCGAAGCCGAUGGUGCCGGUGCCGCCGCCGCUCCGGGCGUCGUGGCGCGCCUCAUGGGCCUCGACUCCUGGCCCGCCGCCGCGGCCCAGCCCGCGGCGCCGCCGAGGCCGCAGAAGCAGCGGAAGGUGGAUUCGGCAGCGGGGGACAAUGAGCCGGCAGCAGUGGUGAGAAUGUUGCCACCGAGCCGCCGUUCAUCCGCGCCGGCAUCCGCACACGCGCCGCGGAGCCACCACAGCGCCGACCUGCCGGCUCGGAGCCCGAGGCGGGGCAGCCGGCUCGUGCACGCGGCCGCGGCGAGGCUGCUGGACCCAGCCGCGCGGGGGAGCUCAUCGAAGGCCAGCGCCCCCAGGCUGCAGGCCCUCGCGUACGCCUGCUCCUCCCCGCAGCACCGCCACUCCGGCGCCUACCAGCACCACAGCUGGGGCGGUACGCUCGACGACUUCUUGUCUCGCUCCGGUAGCCUGUCGUCGGAGCGUCCCACUCCUCCUCCGGCGGAUACAGGAGGACGGGGCAGUGCCGUUACUUCCCGCUGGCACGAGACGCACUCCAUGAACGCCAUGAGCAGCAUUGCUGUUGAAGGAUCAGUGGGGAGUGAUACGGUGGUUCUGCCAAGAACAGAUUUUGGUGAUGCAUACACAAGUUCAGGCACUUCUGAUGUGGAUGCAGUGCGCAGAGGUAAUAGGGUAAGAAUCGAUGGAAUGGGCAGUUGUGCUGGGGUUAGAUCGCGCAAUGCUGGCGCUAGAACAGAAGAGAGGCUGUUGCGCAGACGGGGAACCUUCUCGAGGCCAGAUGUUUCUAGGAGUGUUGGCUCUGUGAACUUGGUUAGUUCGAUGCGUCCGAGCGGCAAUGCUCGUGAACUGGUAUCUGGUAGUAGUAGGAGGGCAGCACAUAGUUCUGGUCCAAGGAGGAGGGAGUUGACGAAUUCGACCUAUACGCAGAGAAGCAGUCACCGAGACGUGAUCGAUCGAAGUGGGUUGGCAUCCACGAGUAGGAACACAAGUAAUGCAUCUGGGCCGAGGAGAGGAUCACACAAGACGAUGGACCGUGGUAUAUCUCGCGGCAACAGAGAAGAUCGUAAUGCAGUUGCAGUUGCAGUUGCAUCUAGUUCAUCAGUCAGGCCAGUAUCCAGGGCUUCAUCACAUGGUAAAGUUUCAGAGAAGAGAGGUUUCCAAUGUACCCAAUUUGAUACCAGUUGUGCAAGAAUGCCGGUAGUAGAUGCCACAUGUUUGGAAGCUCAACCUUGUGUUGUUGAUACAUCUGAGAAAGAGGAAUUUAGCAGAUUGUUGAAAGCAAAAAUCUAUGAACUUGGCAUGUCUGAUAGGGUUGAGCCAAGUGAAGCUUGUUCCCGGAACUUGACUGCCUCAGUGCUUCAAGAGCUCAUCUCUGCCCUUACUAAUGACACAAACACCUCUGUGUCCCAAACUAGUGAUCAUUCUGAUUCACCAGCUCACCUAAAUAAUGUGCAAACUGUAUGCAAUUCCAAUGAUCAAUCGCCUGAUUUUCAGCAGCGUUAUCAGAUCCAGGAUGACCAAGAGGCUGAUUCUUCCGCUACAUGCAUGAACGAUGAGCCCAAUCAACCAAGUCCAACAUCAGUCCUGGAAGCAUGCUUCUCAAAUGAUGCUUCCUCCUUAGGAAGUCCAACUGAAAAGACCGAGGGUAAAGAAUUCUUGAGCUCAAUUGAGAACAAAAUGGAAGAUCUCUUCAAUUUAGAAUCUGACAUUGAAGAUUUGGCCAUGUCCGUGGACACAAUGAAGACUGAUGCUCAUGGCAGUGGUGAAAUAUCAUGUGAUCAGACUUUUGCGGUGCAUGAUUUCGAGUUCUUAGAAGGCAGGCUCCACAGCAUUGGAGAAGCUAUUUCAAAUGCUGAACUCCUUCUGGACAGUACCCUUUUCUGUACCACGCCACCAAGUCUAUCACUCCAUUAUUUCAUCAUUGAAAUGCUGGAAACUGUUGAUGGCUUGUGUGGUGGAUCGAAGAGCGUAGGUUUCACGGAAGAAAAGAAGUAUCAACAUACCAACUUCCUAUUUGACUGCAUUGUAGAGUCUCUGGAUUCAAAGUUCAGCAAUUUUGGCAAAUGUGGAUACAAGGCGUGGCUGAGAUUGCCUCUCACUUUGAGCAAAGACCUAUUGAAGGGGGAGAUAUCCGAAAAGGUCAGCAGCUGGAGGCAAACUAGCCAGAUUUCUUCGAACCAAGCCGCCGAGAAAGAACUGGACCAAGUGGCUGCCAGGUGGGACGCGUGCCAAGUCGAAGCAUUUGAUAUCAGCGUCGCGAUUGAGGAGGACAUACUUGAGGCGCUGGUUGAUGAGUUUGCAUUCGAACAAUGGUGAUGAAAAGGCUUCUGGUUCACAGGACAUGAUCACAUAUAAAUAACACUCUUCGGAUAGUCUGUAAGGAAAUUUUUGUACAGUCUCAUGUAGUAAGAUCGAAGCAGUCCUGCCGGUUAUUCGGUACCUUCUAACUGAAACGUGCUAAAGUGUCUGCACUUUUUUACCCUCUGAGACCUUUCUGCCAUUUCACUGAAUAAUUGUAAGAACUUUGAAGGAUUUUAUACCCUAGUGUUGUAGACCGAAAUUUCGUUUUUCUACUGAUUCCUCCUGGAA